CGAGUAAAAAUCAUAUUACCAGUCCAAAUCACGGUAUAUUAUCCUCAAUUCAAUCCGAAAUUAAUCCACUUCCUAAUCAGAUUCCGUAACAGAUCAUCUUUCCUUCUCUAUACUACUAUAAAUGGGCAACCCCAAACACACUGCAUUUCUCAUCCCUCACUCAUUGUGCUUGAUAUAGUAGAAGUGUAGUACUAUCACUUUCCUCUCGAUCUGGGUUUUUGGUUUCAGCAUUGGAUAGAAUUUUGUAGAGAUGGAUAUUGAUCUUUCACCAAAGUUGGCCAAGAAGGUUUAUGGAGGAGAUGGAGGUUCUUACUUUGCUUGGUGCCCGAAGGAGCUUCCCAUGCUCUCUGAAGGUAACAUCGGCGCUUCAAAGCUCGCCCUCGAGAAGAACGGCUUUGCUCUCCCCAACUAUUGUGAUUCUGCCAGAGUUGCUUAUAUUCUUCAAGGAUGUGGUGCUGUUGGAAUUGUCCUCCCGGAGAAGGAAGAAAAGGUUCUUCCAGUAAAGAAGGGUGAUGCCAUUGCCCUACCUUUUGGAGUGAUCACAUGGUGGCACAACAAGGAGGAUGCCGAGUUUGUAGUUCUUUUCUUGGGUGAUACCAAAACAGCACACAAAAGGGGAGAGUUCACCACCUUUUAUCUCACUGGUUCUAAUGGCAUUUUCACUGGUUUCUCAACUGAAUUUGUCAGCCGAGCAUGGGAUUUGGAGGAAAGUGUUGUGAAGACUCUUGUUGGCAAGCAAACCGGCAAGGGCAUUGUUAAGUUAUCAGGAGCAAAUAUGCCUGAGCCAAAGAAGGAACAUAGAGAUGGAAUGACAUUGAAUUGCGAAGAGGCUCCUCUAGAUGUUGAUAUCAAGGGUGGCGGAAGAGUUGUGGUCUUGAAUACUAAGAACCUUCCUUUGGUCGGAGAGGUUGGGCUUGGUGCUGAUCUUGUUAGGUUGGACGGAAGUGCCAUGUGCUCUCCUGGUUUUUCUUGUGACUCUGCAUUACAGGUUACUUACAUUGUUAGGGGCAGUGGCCGCGCCCAAGUUGUUGGUGUUGAUGGGAAGAGGGUCUUGGAAACAACCGUAAAAGCUGGCAACUUGUUCAUCGUUCCUAGAUUCUUCAUUGUUUCUAAAAUUGCUGAUCCAGAAGGCUUGGAAUGGUUCUCCAUCAUCACCACUCCCAAUCCGAUUUUCACCCACAUGGCUGGAAGUAUUGGUUGCUGGAAAGGUUUAUCUCCUAAGGUGCUUGAGUCUUCUUUCAAUGUGGAUUCAGAGACUGAGCAACUAUUCCGUUCAAAGAGGACUUCGGAUGCAAUAUUCUUCCCUCCACCGAAGUGAUCAAAUUUGCUUACCCCUGCUAGUUUUUUGGCGGAAUAAAGGCUUUCUGAUGGAGAUGUUAUCCUAUGAUGGUUUGCAUUUGGAUUUGUCAUAAACAUUAGUAUUAGUAACUCCUUUAUACUAGCCACAUUGCGUAUCUCUACUACUAUAAAAUGGGCAUUUGUGUUGCA